CAUAGGCGAUUACAUUUCGCACAUUGGAUGAGCGCCACGACCGUGCCGCAACCCCCACCCCGCGUCCAGCAUGGAGAGGAGAGCGAGAACAUCGCGGCUUCGCGACUAAUACACGUCAUCGUUCGCUUCGUACAACAGACAAAUAAACAGAAGCUCACGGGGAAAAAAACAAACAAGCAACGCGAAAUGGCGAGGCACAGGAGUGUGCGGGGAUACAACUACGACGAGGAUUUUGAGGAGGAUGACCUAUACGGACAAUCCGUGGAAGACGAUUAUGGAGUUUCACCAGCAACAGCUGCCCAGUUCAUGUACCAGAGGGCUGAUUUCCAGUUGGCAAAUUUCGUGGAUGAGCCACUAAAAGAAGAAGAUGAAGAAUGUGAAGAACAACCACCUGCAAACUCCAACACACUGAGUCUCAGCGACAUCGACAAAGCACGCUUGCACUCUUGCCUUGAGGAGAUGAGGAACAUUGCCGGGGAUGCAUUCCCCGAGCCAGUGAUGGUGCAGGCGGUUUUGAACAGCAACUUUGAGAUGGAGAAAGCCCUGGAUUCCCUGUUUUUGCAAAGUGACAAAACGCGUCCAGAAGUGAAAGAACAAAGGCUUCCCAGGUCUUCAAGAGAAGCCAUAUCUGUACCUUUACCAGCUUGUACUGGAAUUGACAGCAAUGACACACCUGGUUCACUAGGAAUGCACUUUGAACAGCCACCUCAGUCGUCUGACUUGAGUUGCACUUGUUCAGGAAAAGUAGACAAAUCCCAUGCUUUAAGUUCCGUACAAUAUUCCCAUAAGCCAUUGGUGUGCAGUCAAUCUUUAGAUUUACGCCACCUUCUGUCAGAAACUUACAAUCCAGAAAUAACAGGGACUGAGAAAUCUGAAGAAUUAAAGCAAAUUUCAAAGGAAUCAAAUCAAAUCAGUGGCCUAUCGCUUUCAUCCCUGUUAAAUGAUGAACAGCUUUUGCAAAAUGCUGCAUCAUUCCACAAUAAGAAAGUUGACAAGUGCUCAGAAAAAAACCUAAAUUCUUCUUUCAAAUCUUUACCAUCAAAUACUCAAAAUAUGUCUUUAGCUGAACUUGCAAAGGGACCCUUAGCUAGUGCAACUGAGGUAAUGUCUUUGGAAAAGGAUUCUUGGUCUCCUUUGAGUACAUCAGGAGGCCUCUUGCUGUCUGCACUCGCCAACAAUGUCCACAGCCCUUCCUUGACACAGCCGGUGGCCAUCGGAACUAUUAGCUCUAGCCAAAAAUAUCACAACGCCCGAGUGUUGUCCCAGAGUUUAGAAUCAAAUUCCUCAGAUGUUAUGUCCAUUGGCCUAGAAAAGCUUAUGCAACCUGUUGAUGGCAUGGGAUCUUCUGAAAGUAGUUUCAGUUCAUCUCCAUGCCUCGGAGGGGCCAAUUUGGGCAGUUUUCUACUCGACACACCAAGUCUUGCAUCUCUGAUUAACAAACAGGAACAAGCAUCGCCUCCACAGAUACAAAGCAGUACAUCAUCAGUGAGCAAUGCCAGUGGUACUGGCAAUAACAGCUUGUCAAUCGGAUCUUUAUCUUUGGCAGAUCUUGCCAAGCGGCAUAAUGAAAAUUCCACACACACUCUUUUAUCGUCACCUCGUUUGCGAGAUUUGGCUCCGGGUUUCUCAAAUGUAAUGUCUAAAUCAGCUUUGGCUGUUGAUCUUAACAAAUGUGAGCAUCCAUCUCAAGAGUCAAUUUCAGCAUCAGCCUUAAAACCUAAAGCAAUUAAAGCUCUGCACAAUUCAACUUAUCCACUUAAUGUACAUUUAGAGAAUGUGCAACCAUAUUCGGAUGUAAAACAAAACAUGCUCUGUAAUGCUGUUUCCACUAAAAUUAUAUUACAUGAGACAAAAAACACAAAGCAGCAAACAGUGGGUAGUCGCUCCCAGAAAAUAUCGAGAACCAACAGAACACAGCUGUUCAAGAAUCCCUCUGGCCUUGCUAUGGCUCUUUGUUUCCAGUCACCAAACCAGUUACUGAGAGAUAAAAGUAAAAUCCAUUUUCGAGCGUUUGAGUAUGAGAGGCAGACUACACAUGUGCAUGUUAAAAAAGAAGAUCCACUCACAGAAGUUAAGUUCUUUGACUUUGAUGUGCCAUCGCCAGAUGAUGUUGUGAAAUGCCUCCAGAAGAAUGCAUUUACUCGAGGAGAGGUGGUGUAAUAUCAUGCUAAUGUUGGUACUCCUGGUUAGCUUCAUUGACAAACUAACGUGGCUUUUAAUAGUAUGCCAUACAAAUGAUUAAUAUAGUUUGUGAAUAUUUCAAUAAUUUAUAGGACAGCUUGAGUAACCUUUUUAUAAUCGUACAUUGAACGUUAUUUUUUAUUUUACCUGGAAAGGCCUGCUGAGCUACAUGUAGCUCUUUUAAAGAAGCAACCUGGCCACAAAUUAUAGCUCAAAGAAGUGUUUAUUAACGUUGAAAUGUAUAGCAGCCAAAUACUCCUCCUAAACGCAUAGUGAGUGGAGGGAAAAACCGUAUGGCCCAAAGAAAAAUCCACGUGAAUAUCGGGAGAACAUGCAAACUCCAAAUAUACAUGUGUCAGGGUUGGGAUUCAACCCAUGACCUGCACACUAUUCGAGGUAGUUAAGAUCUCGCCACCACGGCGCUCAAGUAAACACAAUUUCCAAAAGAACAACUACAAUUCAUGCUUGGUGUAUCUAUUCAAAUAUUUUAUAACAGUCAUUGAUUGAUGGACUGCCUAAACUCAGGUUUUGGAUAAGUACAGUAUUGAAAGUUUUAAGUGGGGAUUGGCAGCUCUGCUGGCAAAAAAAAAUGUUUUUCAUCACUGCAUUUAGAUGAACGUGGUAGUUGAUAUCCUGUAUUUGUGUGUAAUUACCAAUGUAUUAAAACAAAUUCAAAAACAUUGGCAACUGCAUGUCCAGAUGAGAAUACUGAAAUAUUUAGAGUGUACCAAAAAGUAAUGUUUGAUCGAAUGUAAGCCAGGCACAAAUCCUGUCUAUCAAUGUACAGGGGUAAAUGCUUGGAUAAAUAGAGCAACAUACACCAGCACCCUCCAGGAUUUCCACUUUUAAGUGACAUGCUUUGCGCUAUUGUUUUUUAGGUCUCGUUACAAUGCUCAUACUAAUAUACCUUCAUUUAUUAUGCACUGAUAGGUGUCAGUUGUAAAAUAUAUAAUUGGAAAGAAAUCUAUCAGACCACCUGAACAAAGGUGGUACAGUUAUUCAACUGAGUUGCUAUUUUAGUUACUUUUAUGUACGUGCAUAUUGAUUGACCACACAAUAAUUAAUCUUCUUAGUAUGUGUUCAAGGCUGUCAUGAACAUUAAUAACCUCAAAACAUACAUCAGCAAGUUUAAUCUAGUCGUUAAGUACAUGUGGAAUUUUAGUGUCUUUAUACAUUUUAAAAUGCAUUUUUAAAAACUUAUUGGUAAAAAAAAUGCAAAAAGGUUCAUAGUGUAUGUAUGUUAACUUUUUUAACCCCAAUUCUGCGGCAGUUAGUGAAGAAAGUUAUUUAAAUCUAGUGUAGGUAUAAGUAUACACUUUUUAUUUUUGUAAAUAUACCUGGGCAAGUUAUACGAAAUACAUUUUAAAUUAACAAAGUGAAUUUAGUGAGCUCUGCAUUUUCAUAUUUUCGUAGUUUCCUUGAAAAAAAACUGUAGUUUUUAAAUCAUGAAUACAAGAGGUUGGAAAUAAAAACUCAAUUUUAAAAAUUUAACUAAACCAUAUCUGACAGUUGGUGUAGCUCACAACGAUGAGGUGGAUAUAUUUUUGAAUUACAGUAAGUAGUAAUACUUUUAGGAAACCUUAUUUUCCUCUAGCAGGUAAUGCUACUCGACUGCAGUGGUUUGGAAGCAAACUUAGAUUGUUUCUUAAUACACUUUCAUCAUUGACCAAUUAUAUGCUACUAUUAUAAUACACAAAAGCCUUUUUGAAAAUACAACAUUGCUACAAUAGCGUUUUAUCAACCACAGCAAACCAUCCAAGCUUGUCCCUUAUCAAAACACUAAAAUGUAUCGAGUUGAAAACAAAGAUUGGUAUAUAAUGACCAAGAUCUUUCAACGUCCUGUUAUAAAAUUAUGACAGUACUGUACUGAAAACCUCUAACUCCACUUCUAAAAUUUAAUUUUGGUUUGUUAAAUCAUCCAGUUUCUCAUGUGGUUAGAACAAAUGGUUUGGUGUUUGUAUGCUUGGCAUGUAUACAGAUGUACAAAACGGUAAUUAAAAAUAAUCACUGACAAAGCCAUCAUGAAUCUGUUAAUGUUAGAAAUGACUCUUGUGUAAUCUUGUUAAUUGUAGUGCUUUAGGAGAGUUUUGUGACCUCUGCCAAACAUGUUUUGUUUUAAUGCAAUGUAUAAAUAUUUAUAAUUCUAUCAAUUAUUAGAAGUGCUUUUGUGAAGCUUCAGUUCUUCAGUGUAUGGGGUCUGAUUCUCACUUGGUGAAAGCUCCUUUCAGCUCAGGCUUGUGUGACCUCGUGUGUGGGCCUGAGGAAAGGCAUUUGAUCAAUAUGUGAAUUGAAGCCGAAAUGUUUAAAGUGCAGCUCUGUGAUAUUUUGUAUAUAUUAUGGGUUUUUAGAUUGUAUUGAUGCUUCAGUAUUUUUAAUUAUGUUAUAACUUAUAUGUGUAUUCGUGUGACUGUCAUGUCUCGCUUCUGGCUGUUUUAUACCUUUUAAUUCAAAAUACUAGUUGAAUAAAACUUCACCAAGGCUAGGCUCAAUAUUCUUGAUCUUAAGUGGAUCUUUAAUUUACUUUUGUAAUCAUAUGUAUUCUUUUCUUGCAGUACUGUUAUUUAAAAGUAAUGGGAUGUGAUUGAGUGGCUUUUGUAACAUUGUUUUAAUAAAGACUGCAGUUGAUAUUACAACAUUUA